UUAUGCAAAGGCCUUGCUCCGCCUCCAUAUUUCGGGGGUGUAAGUUCGCAGUUUGUAACAAACCAAAACAAAACGCUUAGACUUCUAUAUUCACAACUGACAUUUAAAAAAGGCUGAGCUUACCCCGGGGCUUUCAGAAGAUGUCAUUCCGGAUUUUAGCACUCUGCCUGUUUUGUGCCACUUUUUCACCACUUAUAAGAUGUGAAAAAUACCCCGAGGAUGCGGAGAGUGCGCUUCAUCUCUUCCAGUCAUGGAAAAGGGAGCACAACAAAGAAUACCAAAGUCACGUGAUAGAACAAAGUAAAUUCAAGGUGUUCUUGGAGAAUCUUAAAGUAAUCAAUGAGCUGAACGUUAUGUUCAAAGGGAAGACGACUUUUGGAUUGAAUCAUUUGGCAGAUUUGAGUCAAAAGGAAUUUUCUAAAACAGUACUGAUGCCGAAAAGAAGGGCGCCGGUUUUUGAGAGAGAAAGAUACCUAAGGAGUUCUCAUUCAGCGGCUCUCCCGGAUUCGUUCGAUUGGACAGGGCAAAAGAAAGUCACGCCGGUCAAGGACCAAGGCGCUGCAGGGUCAUGCUGGGCAUUCAGUGCCAUUGGUAACAUUGAGGGGCUGUGGGCGGUGAUGGGGAAGCCCCUGACUAACUUCUCUGUGGAACAGAUCGUGGACUGUGAUGGCAUGGAGGACGUUCCUAAGGGUGAGGCGGAUUGUGGAGUUUUCGGGGGCUGGCCUUUUCUGGCUUAUCAAUACGUCAUGAAGGCGGGAGGUUUGGAGACAUGGGAAGAUUACUGGUAUUGUUCCGGUCUAGGGGGCGCUCCAGGUACCUGUGCAGCUUGCCCCGCCCCUGGUUAUAAUACCACCCUCUGCGGACCACCCAUACCUUACUGCAACAUGUCGCAAAGCUGUGUCACGAAGCUAGACGUCAGCAAGUUCCACCCAGGCCUGAACGUAGUGUCGUGGAAAGCUAUUGACGAGAAUGAAACUUCAAUCGCAGAACAGCUCAUCAAGAUCGGACCUUUGUCAGUUGCACUCAACGCCGAACUUCUUCAAUUCUACCACCAUGGAAUUUUUGAUCCGCCAAGCUUUGCUUGUAAUCCAAAGAGUCUAGAUCACGGCGUGUUGAUAGUGGGUUUUGGAUCAGAAAAAUCUAUUUUUGGAACCAAAGACUAUUGGAAAGUAAAAAAUUCCUGGGGUCCUAAAUGGGGCGAGAAUGGAUACUUCCGGAUCCUUCGUGGUCAAGGAAAAUGUGGAAUAAAUACCGCAGUUACUACCGCCGUGUUGGCGAAGAAUUAGACGUCAAGAGUUAUAUUUCCUACUCUAUCUGUAUGUAUAUGAGAUAAUUGUCAUGAAUGUAUGUGAAGUUUUUUUGUUGAGGAGCAAAUGAAUUUAAAUAUAAACUUGUGAAUCUAUGGAAGUCAUUCAGUUUUAGCAUGUUAAUGUGUAUCAUUGAGAUAAUUAAUAAAAGUUAUUGUUGAAUAAA